AGUAAAUCGAAAGGGUGAGUUAAAGCAUGAGACCACUUAGGUUGCAUAUAGCUGCUACUACUUGAGUUAUCCUAUCUGUUUAUGUUUGGGAAAAGCGUCCUUUCCUGACGUAACGCUGAGCCGAGAUGGAGAGCCUGGUGCACUACAUAAACCCCGCCCAUGCCAUCUCCCUGCUGGGCGUGCUCAACGAGCAGCGUCUGAAAGGUCAGCUCUGUGACGUCCUCCUGGUGGUCGGGGACCAGAAGUACCAGGCUCACAGGAGCAUCCUGGCCGCCAGCAGCGAGUACUUCCACUCCCUGUUCGCCCGGCGGGAGUGCGGGGCCCAGACCGCCGUCCAGCUGGACUUCUGCGAGCCGGACGCCUUCGAGAACGUGCUGAACUACAUCUACUCCUCGUCCCUGUUCGUGGACCGGGGCAGCCUGGCGGCCAUACAGGAGCUGGGCUACAGCUUGGGGAUCCCGUUCCUGACCAACAUAAUGUCGACCAAGCCCCAGGUCUCGUACAGCGUCUCCAGGAAGAGGAUGUCCUUCUCGGAGGAGGAGGAGGACAACGGCUGCCAGCAGAGGAGCGUCAUCGUGCGCCAGAGCCGCGGCGAUCCGCCGAGCGCCGGCUCGUCCCAUCACAGAGGCCUCAAUCCGCUCGGGAAGGCGACGUCGAAACAGGCGAACCCCGCCGAGUCCAGAGAUGUAACGUCCGCCAGGGCUGUGGGCAAGCCCUCCCAGUGCGCGGGACAGGAGGAGGCCGGCGCUACAUCGAGGAAAGCGACGGCCGUCCCCAGAAAGUCCGCGGACCCCGAAGGUAAAUCUCAUCCGUCGGCCUCUCUGGCGAGGGAGAGGGCGGCUCUCAUGUCGUGCGGGCGGCCGCAGCUGACCUCGUCGGUUUCCUUCAGCGAGUCUCAGAUACAGCACAGCCGGCUGCAGCCGGACGCCGUGGGCAUCCGGGACGAGCCGCGCGCCCCCUCGUACGGUCCCAAGCAGGCCUCCUCGGGUCACGCCAACGAGUCCAGCCAGGCCAUCGACCGCAGCGGCCCGCUCAUAAAGAGCCUUCUGCGCAGAUCCCUCUCGAUGGACAGCCCCGUCCCGGUCUUCUCCCCGGCCCUGGAGCUCAAGACCCCGCAGAGUCGGGAACAGUCCGUGGUUAAGAUGGCCGCCAGGAGCCCGGCUGACGCGGAGCCAGCGGUGCACAAGGCUCCCAAGUCGAACGCCGUCCCGCCGUUGGUCCUGAAGUCCCGGCACUGCAACCGGUACGAGGAGGAGGAGGAGGACGCGCACGCGGCCGAGGUCCACGUGAAGACGGAGCCCAGCAGCCCGCUCGCCGAUCCGUCCGACAUCAUCCGCAUCACCGUCGGCGACAACCUGCCCGUGAACUUCAGGGACUUUCAAAUUAACUUCGACGAGGGGCCCAGGGGGUUUUUCAAACAUUCGGGAAAGAGGAAGGCGAGGCUGGACAGCAGGAGGAACCCAGUGAAGAAGUCGAGGGGCGUCGCGAGCGAAGUGGACGAGGUCGUAACCGAGGACAACCGGCUUACCGCCGCGCCUCACGGUUUAGACAAGGAGGACAAUGACGGGGCGGGAGAAUCCAGGCAGAGCAGGAUGUUCAAAUGCUGGAACUGCCUGAAGGUUUUCCGGUCCAACGCGGGCCUGUAUCGCCACGUGAACAUGUACCACAACCCGGAGAAGCCCUACUCCUGCGACAUCUGCCACAAGCGGUUCCACACAAACUUCAAAGUCUGGACGCACUGCCAGACCCAGCACGGGGUGGUCCAGAACCCGGCCCCGUCCUCCAGCUCCUACACCGUCCUGGACGAGAAGUUUCAGAGGAAGCUGAUCGACAUCGUGCGCGAGAGGGAAAUCAAGAAGGCUCUGAUCAUGAAGCUCAGGCGAAACAAGCAGGGAGGCCUGCAGUCGCAGCCUUUUGGCAAGAGGAGCCUGAGGAGGUCCAGGAGCUACAUGUGUCCUUACUGCGGGAAGCUGUUCUGGUUCCAGUCUCAGUACAGGCAGCACCUGAAGAUGCACAACGGCGAGAAGUCCGACCAGGAGGCGCAAAGGGAGGAGGAUGAACUCCUCCAAAUGCAGGAGCGGACGGCUCACCUGAAAGAAAACAAAGGCAAGGACGUCUACCCCUGCCGACUCUGCAACGAGAAGCUGACCUCGCUGGUGGAGCAGGGGAACCACGAGAGGGGCUGCCGGCAUGCGACCGUGUGCCCCUACUGCGGCCUUCGGUUCUCCAGCCCGAUGGUCAAGAAGGAGCACGAGACCCACUGCGAGUACAAGAAGCUGACCUGCCUGGAGUGCAUGCGCACCUUCAAGUCCUCCUUCAGCAUCUGGCGCCACCAGGUGGAGGUGCACAACCAGAACAUGAUGACCGUGGAGGAGCAGAUGUCCCUGGGCCUCCAGGAGAACAACGGCGAGGUGUCCGACCACCUCCCUCCAAUGGGCUCGGGCCUGCAGUCCGCGAGUGCGGGGAGCUCCAAGGACGAGGUGGUCUACAGCGACUCUUCCGGGCCGGUCAUGUUCGACUCGGAGGACUCGUCCUUCAUGGCGGAGGACCUGAGCACCUCCCACCACCAGGGGGAGCUGAAGGUGAAGGAGGAGCCUCAGGAGGAGGCGGUGGACGACCGGGCGGGGCCGGCGGCGGCGGCGGCGGCGGAGGCGGGGCCCGAGGAGCCCGGCGUGUGGCCGUGCGAGAAGUGCGGGAAGCUCUUCAGCACCCACAAGCAGCUGGAGCGUCAUCAGGAGCUGCUCUGCCACAUCAAGCCCUUCAUCUGCCACAUCUGCAACAAGGCCUUCCGGACUAACUUCCGCCUCUGGAGCCACUUCCAGUCCCAUAUGGCCGCCCAGGAGGAGCCCCCCGGGUCCCGAGAGGGCGACGGGCGCCCCUCGUCCCCCUCGCCCUCCCCGCCCCCAGCUACGUCCGCGGCUCCCUGGCCCCCCGCGCCGCCCCGGGCGCCACACUCUCCCAAACCUGCCCAGCCGGGGCCGUCGGAGGCGGGGGCGGCACCGGCCGCCACCAAAUUCAAGAACCCAGAGCAGGAGAAGCCGGAAGGGGGCCCCCCGCCGAAGGCCGAUGCCGGUGCCGCCGCCACCGCGGACAAGCCUCUGACCCCUCAGGAAUCGGACACUCUGUUCUACCACGCGCCCACCCUCUCCGCCCUGACCUUCAAGAGGCAAUACAUGUGCAAGCUCUGCCACAGGACCUUCAAGACCGCCUUCAGUCUCUGGAGCCACGAGCAGAGCCACACAAACCCAUAGCCUCGGUUUGCCGUUCGAAAGCGCUCAAACGUUCAUCCACGAAAGGUGGAUCUUCGAGAGUAUUCCUGCUGGCAAAACCUUUAAAAAUGAAACUUUUUUUUUUUUUUUAAGUUCAGUUUGUGAAUUGAUUUGUAUUAAUAUCCACCUGUCCGAACCAGGGUAAAUAUAUCCAUUUAAUAAUAUUAGAUACCAUAUUUUAUACCCUGACUUUUUUUUCUCAUGGAGUACAAGUCAUUUUUUUAAAUUUUACUGGAUUGUUCAUUUAAUUUUUUUUGCCAAAUAUGAUAGUUUUCAUUCAUUUCUAUUGAAAAAGAAGUUACCCAGCUGGCACAAAAUGCUAUUGAAAGUACUAUCGUAAAAUGUUGCAAUAUGGUUGUGUAAGGUCACGGUAAAUAACAGUGUAACAACAUUUUUUUUAAUCACCCCCAACAAACCACAACCCACAACAAACUACAACUAUCUACCUACAUUGUAUGUAGGUCUAGAUCUCAUGUAGUCUAGAUUACUUCAGGAAAGCAACUUAAAGGCAUUAUUGUGACCAACAGCUCAAUUUCACCAUGUUCACAAUCUUGAAAUAUUUUAAAAAUGUGACUUGGCUGGCUGGGUUUCUGCUUGUUUUGCUUACCCUUGGGAUAAGCACUCUAUUUCCUGAAUUUAUUCAAGAAGCCACUACUCAUGUGAGCCUCAAGCUACCUUUUUACUUUAAGUUUGACCCGAAAACGGGACAGAAUGCAGUCUUGAAAGCGGGGGUGGGGGUGGGGGGGGGGGGGGUUUUCUAAAUAAACAUGCGGUCAUUUCUAAUGUCAACAUUCCCAAAAACAGAUUUUUUUCUGGUAACAUCUUAGGUGGAUUGGGUUACAGAUAGGCUGACAAAAUACGGUUGGCUUUCCUUCAAGGCCUUAUUGUGAGCAGUGUCAAUAUAUUUUGAUAUAUAUUGUAUGUAGAAGUGGUUGUUCUGGAUGGCGUGUGAAUGUAUAUACACUUUUGCCGUUUUGUUUUUAAAGAUUUUGCUUCUCUUCACUCUAGUUCCACGCUUUGCCUCAGAAACUUGGAAUUUAAGCACCUCUGAUACCAGUGCGUCUUUGUACAACUUUUUUUGGAAAAGAAAAAAAAAAUCUUUUGAAAGUGCUUUAUUAAAUAAAAAAUGUACAGUUUUGGGUAAAUUAAGUGCUCUUGCAAAAGACUAGUAAUUGUGCAGUGGGUGAUAUAAAGUUGUUACCUCUGUGAUCUCUUGCCUUUCUGUAGCUGUCUGGGGCAGCGCUGUUUAUAGACCACAUAGCACAGGUAAGCAAACUGUCGAAUUCAACGGUCGUCGUGUUUUCUGUUGGGUUUAAAUAUUUCUGAAAUUCUAGAAUGUUACUCCAUUUCUUUUAUUUUUUUUCUCACUAGGCCUAACAGCAGUUGCCUUGCUUAGGUUUAUUUUGACAGCUUCGUGGGGGCGUAGUAUAGUCUCGGUAAAUUUGGCUAUCAGUAUGUUGUAUUACGAUGAUUAAAUUAACAGUUUUUGUGUUUUGGUUUUUUUUGUUGCGUUGGGAACAUAUGAUGUACAUUUUCUUCAAAUUGUUUGCAGUGUAGAACAGGACGUCAGAUUUUACCAUUACCAGCAGGCUGUAAAUAUGAGUUACCCCAGUAUUUUUUUAUUUUAUUCAAAGACAAAUGGGGAUAUUUGGUUGCUGAUGGAGAUGUCUGUGUUAUGCUGGUGCCUUCGAAUCUCACAUCAGCAUAUACCAGCCAGAAUCCUUGGGAUAGGAAAGAGUCAUUUUCACAAGUAUCUGUUACAGCCUAUUUCCUCUGACAGAUAAGAUCCUAUCACUUCCACAUUUAAAUCCAACCCUUGCGACCAAUUAACUGCUUGAGAUCCACAUAUUUUUUUCAGGGAGAUUUGGGGUCAGUGAGCUGAUUGGCAAGUUAACUGAGUGCUGUUGUGUUUCUGUGGUGCCUGGUGAGGGAAGGUCAAGACAAGAAUACAGAAAUUCGACUUGUGCAUACAGAAUUCAGAACUAAAACUAAUUUAAUUGAAUUGUAUUUCAGUUUUCUGUUGUACUGCAGCCCUGAAUUAAAUGUAAACAUAUGUGGAAUACAGAGUUUUUUUACUGUUAUGGAUCGUUUUCAUUAGAUAUUAGUGAAGGGUCCAUUAAUCAUUUGCCUUUCAGUAUGUAACCUAUCCCCAUUUGCAUUGAUAAUAUGGACAUUGUACAAUUAUCCUGAAUUUCGCAGGUGAAAUGCAGUAGCUGUUGCAACUUACUGUUUUGAUUUUUUUUUCCAGUAGAUUUGUGCUCUAACACAUCAAAGCUCAGGAACUAGACUGCGUAUUUGUGGCCAAAGGAGGGAUGGCAGUAUAUAUUUCAUAUUUUCUAUCUCAAAUAUUAAAUCUUGUAGCUAAAUCUAAUACUUUUACGUCUAAUAGUAAUUUAGGUCAAUUUGAAUUCCAAAGAUUCACAAGCUAAUGAUUUGCUCAAUUUAUGAUUUUAUUUUGUUAAACUGUCAACUACACCAAUUGCAGUCAGGCAACUUUAUUUUAAAUGAGUUUAGAAUUGACUACAGCUUUAAUAUGCAGCUUCAACAUUCUUCUCAAGCUUUUGAUAAUAUUGAUAAAAUCACAUGAAAUCACACACUGUCUGUCCCACAUACAUAUUAUUACAUUUUUUUGUACCAGUCAGUUUAAGAAGUUUGCUCAUUGUGGUCUUUAAAACUCAAGUAUAUGUGGAUCUGUGAAUCCCUAAAUUAAAUGUAUCUUUAACAUACUGCAAUUUUUAGAAAUGAGAGCCAGAUUUAUUUUCCAUUGUUUCAGACUAAGCCAGUGUCACUUUAAACAUUGCGUUUGUAUACAUAGGUAGUGUUGUUUAUUGAUUUUUUAAAAUCAAACUGUAUUCAUGGCUGUAUAAGAUGAAACACACCUAUACGAAAUGUGGGGGAAGGAUUGUUUUUUUCCUCUGUAUGCGUUGCAUGGUAGAAGUUUAUCGUUUCAAGUAAUUACUACAAAUGUUUUGCACACAGAAGUACUUGUUAUCUCCAUUUUAAUAUAUCACACAACUGAAGGGUGCUGUAUCAGUACUUCGGUGCGUAAGUACUUAGUACGAGGGUGCUGCGUUAGUACCUUGUGUACUGUAUGUCUAAACCCCUCAGGAACAAGUGAAUGACACUUUUUACCAGAUUGAGAUUAUUUAUGGUACCCGGUGCGGGGCCUGAAAGCAGUCUAAUUGCGUGCUCAUGGCAUGCCCUGUUCUCCAUUUUGAACCACCUCUUUUGUCCCUUUUUAUUUUUAAACUCGCAGAAUAGGGCAAAAGCUUGAAAGUUAAACAGUAUUAAACAUGCCUGUUUAGUUUUUUUUUUUUUUUAAUCGUGACUUUAGCUCUUGUUGUCAGGUUGGUUUAAAUCAAUUUAUUUGUUAAUAUCAUGCCUUGCCCUUAGACCCCCCCCCCCUUCCCAGGUUAAAUACACUUUGCUCUGAAGUUGUUGGUUUGGAUCUGCUAACACCAAUGUCCCACAUUUGAAAUGCUGUAUCAUCCAUGACAACAUUAAAAUGACCGUGGUAUCCAUAAAAAAAAUUGCAUAAAUAAACAUGUCAGAUUUCCAGGAAAUGUUUCACAUAUUAAAUAUCACAUUGCUUAAUACAAUUAUUUGUGAUUGAAGAUAGGUGUAUAUAUAUAUAUAUAUAUUAAAAAAAUCACUCUUUGACCUGUUUCUAGAAUAUUUUGAAAGAUUGUAAGACAUUGAAUGCAUAGAAUGGACACGUUUAAUAUGAUGUAUGCAGCAGCAUUUGUAAGAUCUUUGUUCAGUUUUUUUUAACUGUAAUCUCCCUGUUUUUGAAGAUUAUAUCUUUUUGGUAUUACUGUGGUAUCACUGCAAUAACUUUAAUAUUUGUAAUAAUAUGGAUUGCAAAAUUGUGGCUUCAAACUGCAUCAGUUUUGUGUUAGUGCUUUUUUCUACUGUUCUUGGUUUCUUAGUUACUAAAAUAAAGUGAGCCACUGCAGUGGCUGUUUUGACAUUCUCUG